AUGGCGACCUUUUGGGUGGACGGACUUGUAGGUGGUUUACUAGGGGGUGACCUUUUGGGUGACUUACAAGGGGACGACCUUUUGGGUGGGUUACUAGGAGGUGAUCUUUUAGGUGACGUGUUAGGGGGUGACCUUUUGGGAGGUUUCCUAGGCGAAGAUGGUAUUUUAGGUGGCCUACUUGGUGAUGAAGGUCUUUUAGGCGGCCUGCUUGGUGAUGAGGGUCUUUUAGGUGGAUUACUAGGAGGUGAUCUUUUGGGUGGCGUACUUGGCGAAGACGGAAUUGUAGGAGGCUUACUAAGCGGUGAUCUCUUGGGUGGCUUACUUGAUGGUGAUAUUUUGGGUGGCACACUUGGUGAAGACGGACUUCUAGGUGGCUUACUAGGGGGUGAUCUUCUGGGUGAUGUUCUUGGUGGCAUACUUGGUGAAGACGGAAUUGUAGGAGGCUUACUAAGCGGUGAUCUCUUGGGUGACUUACAAGGGGGCGACCUUUUGGGUGGGUUACUAGAUGGUGACCUUUUGGGUGGCUUACUCGAUGGUGACUUUUUGGGUGGCUUACUUGUUGGUGACCUUUUGGGUGGGUUACUAGAUGGUGAUCUUUUGGGUGGCAUACAAUAA